UGGGCAUCGUUUGUGCUUUUUUAUACACUCUCCAAAAAGUAAACGGAUAUGGUGUCAGAACAAAUAAUAAGAGAUGUAUUUGAAGUCCAUGGAAGGCUCUUUGACCACAAACCUGUUCUGCAAGGACACAUUAAAGCGUUUGUUAGAGAAUUUGAGGAGAAGCGUGGAGGAAGAGAGGUUGAGCAGCUGGAGAAGAUCUCCGGCCAGGUGCUCGAUAUAAAGGACAAGUACCUAGAAGAGAUGAAAACUGCCCUUGACACCUUUCUCACCAACAUACAGGCUAAAGCAUCUGUUGCUGUAGAAGUUUGCAAGAAAAUUGAAGAGAAGGAAAAUAAUGUUGAUGUUGGUCAGCUGGAGUUGGAACGCGAUAGGCGAAAGAGGGAGUGGGACACAUUCAUGCAGAAGCAGUUUGAGCGAAGUGCAGAGGUUGACCGAGACAUGGACGCGGAGAUGAAGAAAGUAGCUGAGGAGUACGUGGAGAUGGAGAAAAAACUACAGCAGCAAUAUGUGACCUCAACGUAGCUAGAGGGCACUUUCUUGUGUGACAAUGAAUAAUGCAAUUAUGAUUCAAGAAAUCUACUGUAACCAAUAUCAUUAUAUGCCUAUCAAUUUCCUUUUCCAUGUCAAACAGUAAAAAAUACAGCACAUUGUAUUGUAAAAUCCAUAGAACUUUACUGUCAUUUUUUCCAAAUCAGUAUCAGCAUAUUUGCAUGUGGUGAGAAUACCCUCUUACAAACUGAUGUUCAUUAGAUAUAUUUACAUAAUAAACUUACUAUUCAGUUACAUUCGAUAUCAUAAUCUGGUGGGUUUAUUUUCAAGAAAAUGAUAAAAAUCAUUACUAAGCGCUAUUGAUUUAUGACAUGAUUUCAGUCAUGGAAAGCUGGGAAAUGUCAAGUAAAAUGUAAGUGUAAGAUAGGAUUAUAUUUAAUCAAGUGAACACAAAUAGUGAUUAUUAGUAAAGUAUAUAAAGUAUAGUAAAUAUAUCUUUUGGUGCUCACUGGCAGUCAAAUAUAAUUAUUAUGAUCUUACUCUGACCAAACAAUUAUUCUCUAUAUUCACUUUGUUUCUGCUUAAGUUAACGUAUGUUGUUACACCAAUAUUUUUUCAGCUUGGCAUAUGCGAUGAUACCAUGAGUAUAACAGACAGCUUUAUCAUUAUCAAACCUCUGAUGAAUGACAUUGGGCAUAUGGGAUAAUAUACAAUGCCACAGACAUGUUUACACUAAUAUCUGUCAUUUUAUUGUUAGGGCUAUUCCAGUAAAACAUAUAAUGAAGGGGGUAGGCAAUUUUUAAAUAGUACAUGGUUGGGUGUCUUUAUUUGCUACUUUGGACCCUGAAAAGUUAAAUGUUAAUGCUUCUAUAGGGGGUGGUAUAUUUUAAAAGUGCCUUCUGGGGGGGGGGGGGGGGGGUUAUAUGUUUAAAAGGAAUAGCCCUUAACAAAGAAAUAUGGGGAAAACAGAACUUUUUAAUGCAUUCCAUGGUGGGUUCUAGAGUUCAGGAUUAAUACCAAAAACAGGAUUGAGAGAUUUUAACUUGAAGACUAUUGUACAGUUUCAAAGAUUAUUUAUGCCCAGACAUUGUCAUCAAAAAACAGUAGGAAGUAGCUUAAAAUGAAUAUAAAUGAUUUAGGAAAGAAUUUGGAAACACUGCUUUGAGCAUAGAUCCCUAAACUACAUUCCAUGCGUGACAAUUAUCUGUUAGAUCCACUGUUUAAUAUGAGCGGUACAUUUAGGGCCAUAGUUAUUGUUUCUCCCUUAUUCCUUUCAGUAUGGUAGUCUGUUCCUUGGCGUACAACAUGUUGACAUGUUUACAUUAAUGUGGGAGUGUUUUAGCAAUGUGAUAUGAAUGUUGUUAGUAAAUGUGGAAUGUUUCAUUAUAAUAUUAUAAAUGUUUAUGUCAGUGCAAUAUAUCUGUGAUUUAAAAUAAACAAAUGAACAUUUAA